UGAGUUUUCUUAGUUUUUAGUCGGUUCUGGUCUCCGGGGAUGCAUCCGGACCGGAGCCGCUGUGGGACGCAAACAGCCCCGACAGUGCGCCUCUCAAACCCGACCAAAGACCUCGUGGAAGCUGGUUGCGCGCAAAAAUGAAGGAAAACUGAGAAGUUUUAUGUUUUAGGUUCUUGUGGGGGGUUUUUGGACUAAUUAUCAGAAGAUGGAUCGAUCAUUUUGGAAAAGGCAUGAGUUGGAUCUCAGCGAUUAGACGGAACCCCACACGAUGCUGCUUCCAUUCUCCAGCGUUUUGUGUUUGUGCCUGUGCAGCGAGGCCGCAGCGAGUCAGCCCCGAUGGCACCAAACAAAGACGACCUUCAGUCCUCAUCGGGACUCCACCGGCGCUGACCGGAGUGCACAGAGCCGGAGAUGGCGCACAGUCACCCGGGAGGACGAAGGAGGAACACUCGGUAGGAGCGUGCAGUCCCUGUGGCCGGAUUCUUUUCACCCGUCAUCCUCUGACCUGCUGUGGACUCGGGUACUCCUGCGCGUCGUGCGUAAAAGCGACGCGCCAAUUAGAGUGCGGCGCAUCCCAUGGGUAUCCAGAAAGGAAGCUUUACGCGCGGAUGUGAGCAAGGCCGAGAGCGGGGGAUGUCGUUCCGGGGACGCGUUCCAACACCCCCUGCAAGCACGCGCCUGUAGCCUCGGGAGAAGAGGCCGCAGGAGGAAGCGGAGCGAGCCGCCGCGGCACGGAGCAACUGCCAUGGCGCAGGAACAAGAGCCCGUACCGCCCUUCGGGCUCAACAACGCCAGCGACUAUGAGGAGGAGUACUCUCUGCCGGACCUUCCCUACGCCACGCCACGUUCCGUCAACCCGCGCAACGGACGGAAGCAGUUGAGGAACCCGUUCUACCCGCUCGGCGCGGAGGCCGCUGGCGCGUACGCGGUCGUGGUCGUCGCCGCCAUCAUUUUCGCUGUGGGUGUCAUCGGGAACGUUUCGGUCAUGUGCAUCGUGUGUCACAAUUAUUCCAUGAGGAGCAUCUCCAACUCGCUGCUGGCCAACCUCGCGCUCUGGGACUUCGUCAUCAUCUUCUUCUGCCUGCCGCUCGUGGUGUUCCGCGAGCUCACCAAGGACUGGCUGCUCGGGGACUUCUCGUGCAGGAUCGUGCCCUACCUGGAGGUGGCAUCUCUCGGGGUCACGACCUUCACGCUUUGCGCCCUCUGCAUCGACCGGUUCCGCGCCGCCACCAACGUGCAGAUGUACUACGAGAUGAUCGAGAACUGGGCGUCCACCGCGGCCAAGCUCGCCGUCAUCUGGGUGGGGGCUCUGCUGCUGGCGCUGCCCGAGCUGCUGAUCCGCCAGCUGGUCACCGAGGACGACGACCCGCCGGACGCGGCGGGGCCGUGCGAGCGCUGCGUGGUCCGCAUCUCUACCGACCUCCCGGACACGCUGUACGUGCUGGGGCUCACCUACGACGGCGCCCGCCUCUGGUGGUACUUCGGCUGCUACUUCUGCCUGCCGACGCUCUUCACCAUCUGCAGCUCGCUCGCCACCGCGCACAAGAUCCGUCGGGCCGAGCGGGCCUGCGUCCGUGGCGGCGCGAAGCAGAUCCGGCUGGAGAGCCAGAUGAACUGCGCCGUGGUGGCUCUGGCCAUCCUCUACGGUUUCUGCAUCAUCCCGGAGAACAUCUGCAACAUCGUGGGCGCCUACAUGGCGGCCGGCGUCCCCAGGAGGACCCUGGACGUCCUGCAGCUUGUCAGCCAGAUGUUUCUCUUCUGCAAGUCGGCGGUGACGCCGGUGUUGCUGUUCUUCCUGUGCCAGCCGUUCACCCGAGCGCUGCUGGACUGCUGCUGCUGCUGCUGCGAGGAGUGCGGCACGCCGCGCCGGGCGGCCGACGCGACCGCCGCCGACAAUGAGUGCGCCACCACCGAGCUGGAGCUGUCGUCGUUCGGCACCACCCGGAUUGAGGCGUCCACCUCCUACGCCGCCGCGGGGACGCACUGUUAAGGUCAAAGAUGAGCAGCGUUGUGGGCGGAGCCUCCGAUGAGGAGGUUGAUUGGUGGACAAGUUGACACGUCUGGCUGUGGACUUUUAAAAACAACUGCUGGACGCGUUUACUUUCUCCUCCUUUCUCUGUUUACAUAGUUUAUAUAUAUGUACACACAUAUAUAUAUAUAUAUAUUAUAUAUAUGUGUGUAUAGCACAGACAGUUGUAGCUAAUAGCACUUAAGGGUUUAGCUCUUUUAAAUUUACUGCACUCAGUCCUACUUGUUGUUUAUCGAAGCCGAGAGCAGACGUGGACCCCGGGGAAAAAUAAUCAUGUGGUUCGAUAUCUUUAAUUAAACUAAUUUUUCAGGUGUCUUUAAUUUCAUUACAAUUUCCUUUUGGCAAAAUGGGGUUUAAGCUCAAAUUUGGUUUAAUGUAGUUAGUUGUGAACUACCGCCUAAAUUUCUGCUCCAUUUAAAUACAAAACACUUAUUUAAUCAUUAUUUUCAUCCAAGAAUUCUACCUUCCAUAUUUGUAAAUUUGACAAUUUGUUGCAUAUUGAGUUAACUUCAUGCAAAUAAAAGACUGCGCUAAUUCAUUCUAGUGAUGGAUUAUGGAGCUGUAAGGCCGGGCUGUGUAUCUUUUGACCAAAAACCCCAUUUGUGCUCAGUGUGAUCAGUAAUGUGCAUACAAUGACUCAAGUGUAAGAUGCUACACAUAAUGGAACAGUCUGCUGAGCGUGGUAAAGUUACAGACCGUGAACAGUGUUGAAAUAACCGAAUAACCGUUUUCUCUCAGUGGGGCCGACGGGUUUCAUGCUGUGUAUUUUUUUAUCUUUGUUGAUGUUUAGCCACAAGCCACUGUCACUUUAAUUAAACAAUAUUGUAAAGUAGAUGUUUUUCGUUAAUUGUGGGGAACAUUUAGAAGGUGGAACAGGAGAAACAAGCACUGAACCCGAGGCGUCACUUCUCACGGUUCAGUUUCAGGACAGGAAGUCAAAAGGUGAAUGUGUCAUUUAACGAGGUGACAGAUGUAGAAAUAACAACUUCACAACAGUAAAGCUGCUGGUAGGAUGUUGAAACAUUUUCAGAAGAUUUGGUACAAGCGGAAAAGAACCAGUGAAACAGUAAAAAUAAAUAUAAAACCUCA